UAUAAAUAAGCCAUCGGACGCUGCGCUCCGCACCAGCCGGUAGCCACACACACACCUACUACCCCAGCUAGCCCACUCCGACGCUUGCUCUCUUGUUGCAUUCCUCGAUCGAGCUCUUGCACUCCCAACCGUCGACAUCACGCAUCAAACUUUGCUAGCAGCCAGAGCAUCAGAAGACAGGGGGUCAGGUUCGCUACGACAUGGUGAAGGGCGGCGCGCAGCUGCAGGACGCGGCGGUCGACGGCGCCGCCGGCAAUGCGGCGGCGGCGGCGGCGAGGCAGCAGGGCGCCGGGAAGCGGCAGUACAAGGGCGUGCGGAUGCGGAGCUGGGGCUCGUGGGUGUCGGAGAUCCGGGCGCCCAACCAGAAGACGCGGAUAUGGCUCGGCUCCUACUCCACCGCCGAGGCCGCCGCGCGCGCCUACGACGCCGCGCUGCUCUGCCUCAAGGGCUCCGCCGCCGACCUCAACUUCCCCGUGCCACUCCCCUUCCACAUCCCCGCCGCCGCCAUGUCGCCCAAGUCCAUCCAGCGCGUCGCCGCCGCCGCGGCCGCCAAUGCCGGCUGCAGUCCGCUGCAGCCCGGCGCCGGCGGCCCCUACUACUCUGGCGCCGCGGCCAUCAACGCUACCACCCCGCCGUGCAGCUACGGCGACGCGUCGUCGGGCGCGAGCUCCCCGGAGACCGGGAACACCGGCCAGUACUACGAGAUGGCGCACGACGACAUCGACAUGACCGGGGACGCGGACCUCGCCGCGCUCGCGGACAUCGAGGCCUUCUUCCAGUCGCCCAAGUGCAUGGAGUACGCCAUGAUGGACCCAUGCAGCUCCUUCUUCGCGCCAGCGCCCAUGGCGACGGACGCGGCCAACGAGUGGGAGGAGGAAGGUGAGAUCAACCUCUGGAGCUUCUCCUCCGUCAACUGAUCAAUCAGCUCCUCCACCAAACGUCCGCUCGGCGGUCGAGUCGCCUCGAGUGAUCAUCAUCAUUUAUUAUCAACUCAAAACUGACUGAUUAAUCACUACCGCAACCUACGGUGAUCAAGAAUUGGUCACGGUACAAUAAGCACUAUAUAUAUACGAUUAAGGAUUAUUUGAUUCAUAUAUACUACUACUACUAGAAGUAAAUUAUUGUACUACUAGUGCUAGGCUAAUUGUGCAAUGUUGGGGGGCUCUCAUGGAGCUACAUGUUUUAAGGCAGCUUUCCAUGGAGUCAAACCUCCUCUCAGUUGCAUGCCAUGCUAUGUGUAGAAUCUGUGUUUCUGCAAGUGCAAGUAAUGAAUUAUGAUGAUGUCCUCA